GAACCUUUGUGCAAUUCUUGUGACUUGACCAAGGCUUUAUCUUCCCCUGCUUCUCAUUAGGACAUGGCUUCCUUGCACGAAACCCUAUCCCACCGAUUGGCAGACGCUGCCGAGUUGGUGGAGUAUGGCUGGCAAGAGAGGAAUGACUGGAACGUGAGAUUCACUGUUCUGGGUAGCAUCGCCAUCAUUUCCUUUGUGUCAUGGCUCUUUAGCCCAAAAACCGUCAAGGCUCCCUAUGCUGGCUACCGUAGCGCUUGGGAACCAACUCUCCUGCUACGGAUGCGGUUCAUUACUGGUGCAAGGCCAAUCAUUAUAGACGGCUACAACAAGUUCAAAAGAAGCAUGUUUAAGCUUCGUCGUAUGGACUCGGAUGUUCUCAUCAUCUCCAACAAAUAUGUCGAUGAACUCCGCCAGUUACCAGAGAGCAUCAUCAGUCCCAUUCAUGCGCACAUCAAGAAUGUCAUGGGCAAAUACACCACGGCCGACCUGAUGCUCGAAGGGAACCUCCACACUCGGGUUCUCCAGGCAAAGUUGACACCCAACCUUGUUCAAUACAUGGACAUUGUUCAGCAAGAGAUGGACUUUGCUUUUGAUGUUGAAAUGCCUCAAUCGGAUGAUUGGACCGAGGUGCAGAUUGGCGAUAUCAUGUUGCGCAUAAUCGCCCGGAUCUCUGCUAGAACCUUUGUUGGACUCCCUCUGUGCCGUAAUGAGGAGUGGCUACACACUUCAAUCCACUACACCGAGAAUCUCUUCAUGACGGCUUUCGCUCUACGGAUGAUGCCCACAUUUCUCCACCCCUUCCUUGUCUGGUUCCUGCCUUCCUGGUACCGUGUGCAUAACGACCUCAAGACUGCAAAGAAGUUGAUCGUCCCCCUUGUCAAGGAGCAUGCUGUCAAUAUUGCGGCCAGUAACCCCGAGGGUGAUGAUACGGUGCUCAAGUGGAUGAUGGGCAUGGCUCAGGACGCGAACGAAGCCAACCCCAACAAGCUCGCUCAUCGUCAGCUACUCCUCAGUCUCGCUUCGAUCCACACGACAGGCAUGGCCACAACUCAUACUUUGUAUGAUCUCGCAGCCAACCCGGAAUACAUCGCCGAGAUGCGCGAGGAGGUUGAGAACGUCCUGAUUGAAGACGGUGGAAUGGCAAAGCAGACCCUGAGUAAAUUCAGAAAGCUCGAAUCGUUGAUGAAAGAAUCCCAGCGCCUCAACCCACCCAGCUACUUGGCUUUUAACCGCACUGCCAUGAAACCCAUUACCCUAUCCGAUGGAGUCCAGAUCCACAAGGGUACGCACUUUGCUGUUGCGUCGGGGCCAAUUCUGCUAGACGCCGAGAACAACCCGGAGCCUGACAAGUUCGAUCCUCUGCGGUUCUAUCGCAAGCGCCAAAACCCCGGAGAGGCUAACAAGCAUCUUCUUCCCAUGACUGAUAAGAAUCAUCUGCACUUUGGACACGGCAAAUACGCCUGUCCUGGUCGAUUCUUUGCAGUACUGGAGAUGAAGAUGAUUCUCGCUCGUAUUCUGCUGGAUUAUGAAUUCAAGUAUCCUGAGGGACAAGGUAGACCCAAGAACUUGACUAUGGAUGAGAAUGUCCUUCCCGACCCUGCUGCAAGGCUUCUCGUUAGAAAGCGACAGGACAAGAACGACAAGGUGCCUACCUUGUAUAAGUCUGCGUAG